CAGCGUUCAAGCUGCUGUUAGCAGGCACCGCGAGCCCCGGGCACCCCACGAGCUGAGUGUGCAGGACGCGCCCCCAGCACAGCCACCUACAGCCGCUGAAUGAAGCUUCCAGGAGUCUGCCUCCGGCCGGCUGCGCCCCGUCGGAGGUGCACCCGCUGAGAGCGCCAGGGCACCAGAAAGCCGGUGCGCUCACCUGCUCGUCUGCCAGCGAUGGGGCCACCCGGGAACGACAGUGACUUCUUGCUGACAACCAACGGAAGCCAUGUGCCAGACCACGAUGUCACUGAGGAACGGGACGAAGCAUGGGUGGUAGGCAUGGCCAUCCUUAUGUCGGUUAUCGUCCUGGCCAUCGUGUUUGGCAACGUGCUGGUCAUCACAGCCAUUGCCAAGUUCGAGAGGCUACAGACUGUCACCAACUACUUCAUAACCUCCUUGGCGUGUGCUGAUCUAGUCAUGGGCCUAGCGGUGGUGCCGUUUGGGGCCAGUCACAUCCUUAUGAAAAUGUGGAAUUUUGGCAACUUCUGGUGCGAGUUCUGGACUUCCAUUGAUGUGUUAUGCGUCACAGCCAGCAUUGAGACCCUGUGCGUGAUAGCAGUGGAUCGCUACAUUGCUAUCACAUCGCCAUUCAAGUACCAGAGCCUGCUGACCAAGAAUAAGGCCCGAAUGGUCAUCCUAAUGGUGUGGAUUGUAUCCGGCCUUACCUCCUUCUUGCCCAUUCAGAUGCACUGGUACCGUGCCACCCACCAGAAAGCCAUCGACUGCUAUCACAAGGAGACUUGCUGCGACUUCUUCACGAACCAGGCCUACGCCAUUGCUUCCUCCAUUGUAUCUUUCUACGUGCCUCUAGUGGUCAUGGUCUUUGUCUAUUCCAGGGUCUUCCAGGUGGCCAAAAGGCAGCUCCAGAAGAUAGACAAAUCUGAGGGAAGAUUCCACUCCCCAAACCUCGGCCAGGUGGAGCAGGAUGGGCGGAGUGGGCACGGACUCCGAAGGUCCUCCAAGUUCUGCUUGAAGGAGCACAAAGCCCUCAAGACUUUAGGCAUCAUCAUGGGCACAUUCACCCUCUGCUGGCUGCCCUUCUUCAUUGUCAACAUCGUGCACGUGAUCCAGGACAACCUCAUCCCUAAGGAAGUUUACAUCCUCCUUAACUGGUUGGGCUAUGUCAAUUCUGCUUUCAAUCCCCUCAUCUACUGUCGGAGUCCAGAUUUCAGGAUUGCCUUCCAGGAGCUUCUAUGCCUCCGCAGGUCUUCUUCAAAAGCCUAUGGGAACGGCUACUCCAGCAACAGUAAUGGCAAAACAGACUACAUGGGGGAGGCGAGUGGAUGUCAGCUGGGGCAGGAAAAAGAAAGUGAACGGCUGUGUGAGGACCCCCCAGGCACGGAAAGCUUUGUGAACUGUCAAGGUACUGUGCCUAGCCUUAGCCUUGAUUCCCAAGGGAGGAACUGUAGUACAAAUGACUCACCGCUGUAAUGCAGGCUUUCUGCUUUUUAAGACCCCUCCCUGACAGGACACUAACCAGACUAUUUAACUUGAGUGUAAUAACUUUAGAAUAAAACUGUAUAGAGAUUUGCAGAAGGGGAGCAUCCUUCUGCCCUUUUUUAUUUUAUUUUUUUAAGCCGCAAAAAUAGAGAGGGAGAGAAACUGUACUUGAGUGCUUGUUUGUUUCUUGUGCAAUUCAGUUCCUCUUUGCGUGGAACUUAAAAGUUUCUGUCUGAAGUAUGUUGGUUCUAGAGGACUGUCUGUAUGUUUAGAUGAUUUUCCCAUGCAUCUACCUCACUCGUCAAGUGUUAGGGGAUACGCUGCUAGUAAUUUGUACCUGAAGGAAAUUUUCCUUCCUGUACCCUUACACUUGUCAAUCCUGUGUCUUGGACCUUUCUGCUGUGAAUAUAUACUCUCUCCCGCUCCACUUAUUUGCUCAAAUGGAGUGUGUAGACAGGGAUCUGAGGGACAGCUUCAGUUGGUUUUUUUUUUUUUUUGAGCAAAGUCUAAAGUUUACAGUAAAUAAAUUGUUUGACCA